AUGGCGGCUGCUGUGCCUAUCGUCCCAGGCCGUGGCCUAGGAUGGAUGACACUUGGGUUGUCGCUACAUACAGUCAUCUCGAAGAUCAAAUCCCACCCACAGGACUACCCCAACAUCGAUCUGUCCCACUCUUCAUCCCAUCCCACCACACAACCAAUCAUCCUCACUCUGCCAGCAAAUGGACUACGACUCAGAUUCGACGGACCAGACCAGCGACUACGACUCGUAGAAGUCCUCGACUUCUCAAAGAACUCACUAGCAUAUAAGAACACUGACCUCGUUAAACACGCGCGCCCCAUGGAAGACGGCCAAGCACCAGACCCAGCCCAGGCACGGCCAUCGUUCAGGCAUAUCUACAACCGCCUCUUCGGUCCAGCCUACAAAGGCGAGUACACGCCACCCGAGACUGGUCACCGUCGCGGCACAUACACUCUGUCAUAUCCAGGACUGGCAUUCUUGUUUCCCAUCGACCACAAAUCAUGGUCGGACAAAGCAGAUUUUGUUUCAAUGCUAUCGUCGUCCGCGACUGGACCAGCAACGUCAAUGGCGAUCUUCGAAGGCUCAUCUUGGCCGGAGGCACGAUCAUCGCUUUUCGGAGCCUCAACAUCACUGGUCGAGGCAUCCCAGAUCAUCGACUCCUCUACAGAGACGUCCCCACCAGAGAUCUCAAUCGUCCACCUCCGCGGCGGCGGCCAGCUAGAGUUCCUGCGUCUGAACGGGCACGUCACAACCGUCCAACUCAACGAAACCACCCCACAAGAUCUCGUCGCAGAGUUCGGUCCACCAGACGCAAUCUACCGCAAGGACGACAGCAGGAUCUCCAUCCAUGCCACCGCUCAACCACACAGCGGACGCCGUCGCAGCUCAAACAUUUCCCCGAACCUCGAACCAAUCGACAACGCCAGCCGCUCAUCAGUCCGGAGCUACAGCGGAGACUCUGACGCUUCGAGCAUAUCUGGAAUUCGGCGCGAUGAAGACGAUGCCCAGCCUGCUUGGACGGCUGAAUGCUUCUACAACUACUUCCACCACGCUUCGAUGCGCUCAUUUCUUAUCCCUCGGCGCAUCACGAUGGACUCGUCAAGCCUGGUGGUGACAAAAAUUAUACUCCACGGUAACAUUCCCUCCUCUUACAACUUCAACCGCCACCGUCGCCUCAGAUGGGCCAUUCGUCUGCCCAAUCCAAACUCGCAGCCCCAGGAUCCAACAUCAGAGACGCCAUUCUCCGACAUAUCUUCCACACUGCGACGUGUAUGGCACAGCACAUAUGGCAGUGCGGAAGAAGAAGCGCAACAGCAGCGUGGCAUGGUGCUGAAUCGCGGAUGGGGCGACUCGAGCCCUGAUUCGUCGAUCGAGAUCCUGGGUGGCUUUGAGGAGGAAGGCAAGGAGCAGACGAGCGCUGGCCAGCCUCGAGAUCAGGAAAUGGUGAGCGACACGACUGAAUUGUUCGGGUUCCCGGGCAUGCUCUUCGAAGUCCUCAAGAAUGACGCCGUGAGCUGUCUCACUUUGUAUUGA